UAAGAUCACCAAAGCAACAAGAGAGAAAGAGAGAGAGAGAAAGAGAACCAUUACGGACAGGUGUGUCUUCGUUCGGAUGUGUGCACCGCCCCACCAGCUCGGCGCGAGUUCCUCGCGGUCUCCGGUUUCAUCGGUCGCGAUUUCGUCGGCGAAACGUGUAAAUGGGCGCCACGGACUGAAAACAAUCUAAUCCCGGGAACCUGAUGACUGUCGACAAUACGGAUCACCAUAAGGCAAAAAUGAAUACCUCUUUAACGUCACUUCAACCAAAUAGUCAAAGCUUAGAAAGGCAAAAACAUGUCAAAACAACGACGGAAAGACUUUAUAAUAGUCUUACCAAGAAGAGAAAAGAUCCAAAGCAAACAAGUGUUCAAAGAAUGUGGAUAAAUUAUGAAGACUGCAAAGAUGACUUUUGGGCUGCCAUUAGGUCUAAUUAUGAUUAUAUUAUGGAUACUAAUUUAAUCGAUACUUGCAAGGAAGCAAAUGGUGAAUUAAUAUGGGAUGAAACAGAUGUGUCGACACAAUCUUGGAAUUUGAAGGAAGUCAGUAGCCAAUUUUCAGAGCUUUACUCAUGGUUAAGAAUUCUCCAAGAAUUGGUCUAUUCUAAGGAAGAAAAUCUUUUAGACAAAAGCCUGCGUGCGGCUCAUAUGGAAGAGCUACGACGCAAGGCGUACAGACGCAAAUUGUUCAAUGAGCAAGCAGAAAAAUUAAUUUCUCGCGCCCCUGCUUUAAAAGACGAAGUGGCAUGGCGUGUAGAUCACUUGAAUGCAAAAUGGGAAUUAGUCGAACAAAUUAUGGCGCCCAUAGACCGACCUGUAUCUAGUCAACAAGAUAUAUCAGCAGAUUUUGAACGUGAAGUAAAAUGUCUAAGAAAAUGGUUACGAGGAAUGGAAUCGCGUCUUCAACCUUUAAGCUUCCACAUCAAUUGGACUCUACCCGAACUGGAAGAAAAAGCGAUAGAGCAUAUGGUACUCCAACGAGACAUUAAGGCGCACGGACGUAUUGUCAGUUCGGUUGUCAAAUUAGGAGAUAAAGUUUUCACGCAACAACAGGAGCAGAAGCAACAGCAAAAGCAGCAACAUCAAUUUUCGCAGCCUUUACAGAUAGCAAGAUCAUUGGAACGACGUUGGCAUCAACUGUUUCUAUUGUCCUUGGAAUGGCAGUAUCACAUUGAAACCCUCGUAUCUCGUAUAAGAAAUAAGAACGCCGCGUCUUGCAGUAGCGACAGCGACGAGGGACCUGUCACGAAACAGCCUCGUCUCAGCCGCGGACGAUCGCGUGGCUCCGGAACGGAAUCGCCGGGACAGUCUGUUCGCUCGAGGCGUACGGGACGCGCGAAGCGCGUUGCCGAACACAACUCGGGUUCCGAGUACUUCGAUCAUCAUUCAGUCUCCGGAGCGAGGACCGACCCGUCCGACAGCGACGCCUCUUCCGAGAACCGAUCCGUUGGCGAAGGAUCGUAUUUCGAGGAUGAAUUAUGUCAGCUGUGUGUGAUGGACACAAAGUCUGACGAACCGGCAAAACAAGAAGCCACUAGUUCCAUUACGUCUACCGCGGGGGAUCAAGGGGAGGAAGGUGACGUCGAGGACAACGGAGUGAGCGUCAACGAUAUGCCGCCUACACCGGAUACUGUACCGAUAACAACAUCGACAGCGGCGAUGCAGGAGUCAUGCGAUGAAAUCGACGCGGCGGGUACCGUGCAAGUCAAAAGUACAGAAAAAUCCAAUAAGGGUUUGCGGACGAAGACCGAGCUUGUGAAACGUUGUGGCGCAACAGAAGUUGCUGCCUCGUUCAACAUGUCCGAUAGAAAAUCAAAGAACUGUGCUACCUUUUAUUUUAAACAUCUGGAUACCGAUUCCGAGGUGGAUUGUAGUCAACCAAUCCAGGAAUCGUCAAACACAGUGGACGAUUCCUCCGAGGAGGAGUGGACUUAUACUUCUACUCGUCAAAAUAAUUCGUUUAUCAUUUCGGAGCAGCGCAGGACGAACGUUGUGGUCCGUCUAGAUUUUGACGAAAGUCCACGGAUAGCUAUGUCAGAAAAUAUGCAUUUUAUAUCGGCGAAAAAUGCAAAACAACGAGACAACGAGAGAGAAAUGUCUGCAGAACGUAUGCAUGAUCAUGAUGCUCAACAAAAAGAUAGCGAUGAUGAAAGGAAGAAUGAUAAGUCAAGUAUCCAAAAAUUAAUUAAAGAAGUGGAAAACUUGAUUGGUGAAGAGCGACAUACAGCCUCGCGCAGCUUUUCGCAAUUAGUAUUCGAGGAGAAGAACAUAACGAAUAAUCAUCGAGCUAAAUAUGCGCGCGUAAAGGAAUGGUUAAAGUUGAACGCGUCGAGAAGUUACGAGGGCAGAUCACAGCCAUUAGAUAGUUGCGAUGCCAGCGGUGAAUAUACAACGGAGGAAUCCGAUGGAGAAAGACAAUCGAUAUCGUCGGACGAUUUACAGAGCAGCGUCGCGACCUAUCGUCGAUUCGAAGGCGCUCUCGAGUGUAUAUCGCAGUCCCCUUCACAAGAGAUACUCUAUAAUUUUCAGAAAACGCCUGUUAACGAAGUACCCCCCGACGAGAACACGCCUAAAGUCGUAAUGCGGUCUAAACAAAAAGUGAAAGGAUCGAGACCAUGGAGCGUUUCUUGUAUCUCUCAAAUCGGAAAUAAUCCUAAUUUAGCUCAGAUAAACGAUCCUUUUUUACCAUUCUCUAUAUCCGAGACUGCGCUUCAUCAGUUAGUCACAACUCCGCCUACCAAAUCUGUAUCCUUGGAUGCUACAGGAACACGGAAAUCAUUUAAUUCCACAUCUACUUUGUUAGAAGAGUCUCUUAUAUGCCCUGAUGAUCGUGUAGUUAGAAAUAUUUCAUUUCGCAGAAAGAAAAAUAGAUUGCGUAAAAAGACUUUGGGUCGUAAGAGCGAAUCUAGUUCGGAAAGCGUGCAUGUCAAUCAUCAUUCGGCGGGUAGCGAUGGCAGCUCGAAUCAGCAACGCUCGUCUCGUAAAAUGUAUCUAAAUCGCACAAUGCAUACAGUUCCAAAAGAAAACUGCCACAGUCGUUCGACGACUCUUGUUAAAUCCGGGUCUUUCUCGGGCUGUACUGUUUAUCAACAAUUACAUGCAGAAACGGCGCUUGCUAAUAAUUCUACGCCGCUCAGGUUACUUUGUUGCAAGCCAAUUGCUUCCACAUCAGAGAUUGAAAGCGAAGAUCAUAAUUAUGCUCAAGGACAUCUCGCUUCCGAUAACAAUAUGUUGAAUAACGCGUUGAAUAGCAAAGAACUAACCAGUCAGCAGUUAAAUGUAGACAGUGAUGUAGAGAUGAACAGUCUUGGUAACAAUUCAUUAUACGAACAGGCUUGGGAUAAUUACCAGGAGAAGUAUAUGAGUGAAGCUUACAGUGAACCAUUAGAUGUAGAGAUGGCUCGACGAUUAUUGGAUUUUGGAGAUGAUUAUCGAAAUUUUCUCGAUAGUCAGUCAGAAUGCGCAUCCAGUAUAAGCGCCAUUCCUAAGAUUCGCACAUAUCAUGAAAUUGGCGAUAGUACGGAAGAGAGUGAUAGUGAUGAAGAAAAUUUACGAAAAAUCGUAGAGAAUUUACAAUCACAGCUUAUACUUGCUGAAAAUGCUUUUGUAAGAUCCAAUGGCGUGAUUCCUGCAGAACUCGCCGAAAUGGAGUCUGCGUGUAAAGAAAACUUAGGGUGUUUGCAGACUGUAAUGGACUCGCAGAACGGAUACUUGCGAAAUGAAAAAUAUUCGAAACAAGUUCGCGGUAUGGUUGAAAGAUGGGAAACUUUGGCAUCACGAGUCAAGCAGGCGCAAGCGGCUGGUCCUCUUCAUCAUAUGCUGGCUACCAUGCGAACAAAUAUUAAAGUCAUACACGAUCGACUUCUUAAUUAUGACAUCGUUGUGGAGCCACAUUUGCUCGAUGAUCGUAUUAAUAGGAUCGCUGCCGACAUAGCUGUUCUGAAUGACCGCAAGACUGCGAUGCUCGCGUUGAAUGUCUCCACGCAUCGACUGAUCACUGAUCUCGGUGCCUCCGCGCCCUUAAUGUGCACAACCCUCAAGGACGGCGUGGCGGAUCUUUAUAGGAUAUAUGACGAGACCUUUCAAAAAUGUAAUCAGCAGUUGCGCGCCUUGCAAGACGUACAACAGUUUGGUACAUGCUUGGCCGAACUCCAAUCCGCUCUACAGAGGGACAAAGAAUCUUUGGCGGUCUUGGACGUAGCCGUGCAAGCGGGAGCCACUCCGAGAAUCACUUCCUCCGUUAGUUACUACGCCCGACUUCUGUCCGAGAAACAAGACAUCAAUUCUCAGAAUGAUGCGGUGCUGAAUGACGCGACGACGGAGGAGAUGCACUGCGUAAAAUUUGCCGCUACUUCCGCGAGCAAUCUUACGCAGGAGGGCGGAUCCCUCUCCGACAGCGGGAUCUCCGACGGAAGCGGAAGCGAGCAGGAGCUGAGCAAGCGCGAGCACAGAUUAGCGAAUCUUCGCAGAAUAAGGCGUAACUUAGAGGCACAGCUCGGGCCGGGCAGCAAAGCCCUGGUCGAACUGUGGAAGAGGUACGAGGACGCCGAGAGCGAUCUGCGCAAUUUGCAAGAGCAGUGCAGGGAGCUCGUUGUACGCACGGCGGCGGCGAACAUGGACACGCGUGCCACCAAGCGUACGGCAGCCAACCAGAUUCAUUAUCCUGCGGACAAGCGCAAGAAAGCAUCUGAUCAUGAUGCCGAUAUGCCCAAGAGCGACGCGGAAUCGGUGUCAAUCACGAAGGACUAUGCUGACGUUGCUAAGGGCGACAACCCCGAUAGCGAGCCUAUUCCUCGGAGCUGGGUCUGGCGAAUCUUCAAAUGUUCAAAGAGCUGCUGUUUCGUCCUUGUCUGCCUGCAAGUCGUCCUGAUGUGCGUCGAAUACUUUUUGAAGCCGAACUGUUGCGAGACUACGCUAUCUACGCUGUUAUCCCCGACCUGGUCCCGCGAUCCCAAAGGACUGCCGCCCGUGUGAGCAAAUAUACGGCAGGUAUAUGCGCGUAAUAUACGCGUAAUCGAAAAAAAAAUAUCGACACCAAGGAUCAAUGAUUUUUUUGGUGAAAAUGGAUAAUAUAAUAUCCGUUCCGAUACACGCGCGGCGUCGUUAAUUAGAGCGAUUAAGUCUGCGGUGUAAAGUUGUUCGUGAUUUUUUUCCGCGAGCGCUAUCGACGUAUUAUUAGAUUAUUUUAAUUCUAAAUGUCUGAAUUCGGCGACGCAUUCGAGAGACGAUACAUUUGUCAGUAUGUGUCAUGCUCAACGACUGAUUACUCCACUGCCUCGCGUAUAUUUUUGUUUUUAUUCUACUAUCGAAUUAUAUACGCGAAAUUUUAUCGACAUAAAAAAAUCGUAACUUCUGGUCACAAGUUAUGACGUAUAAGCUAUUAAAAAUAUUCGAUCAAACUACGUAAUAUAGGAAAACGAAGAGUACAUUUCAUAUUCUGAAUACGAAUCAAUGCUAUGUCUAUUUUUACGCGUAGAAAAAAUGAUAGUUUUUUCGCGGUUAAGCAACUGAUUAAAUUUGCACGAAGAUAAUGUGGUCACGAAUCUCUCGAACGUCAUAAUUGAAAAUAUCCAGAUAUGCUGCUUCUCGAGGAUAUUUUAGUAUCUGUACAAGAAUGAGACGACAUAAGUUCAUGCAUACCGGUGCAUUUUUUUCCUCAUCGUUUUGAAUUGCGUGAGUCAGCAGCUUAUGUUAUUGUUGAAAUAUAAAUAUUUAUUUAUAUAUGUACAUAUAUACAGAUCAUAUAUUAUAUAUAUUUUAUUCGCUAUAUAUAUUAUUCUUCGAAGGGAAGAUAAUAUUUAGUUUUCUUGUUGAAGAAGAGAUAAUAUCGAUAGCGUAAUAUGGACUUCAUACAGUUUUGAAAGGGAGUUCAUUUACAUUGAAUUUCACCGGGGAAUGGUACUUGGAUUUCAGAUUAAGCUUCCUAUUUGUUCCAAACAUUCUCCCGCAUUACCGCUUCUAAUGGUUUUCGUUUGUGACAACGAAUUUUAACAAAUUUUUUUUAUUCGAUAUAUAUCACAAAAACUAUACGAAAUAACUAAUACUUUAAAGAGGAUGCUAUAUUAGAUACUAUUAAUCUCGGAAAAAUAACCUGUGCAUGCAAAUUUCUUGUGGGACACAUGCAUGAUAAUUGAUAUGUACUGAUUUCAGAUAGAAAGUGCCGUAUUUAAUUAUAUAGCAACGGAAUUUCUAUUCCGACAAGCUAUUUCUCAUGCAUUGUGAAUAAUAAAUAUUACUUAGCACAUUAAUAAUUUGGAUGCAUGUGCAUAUAGUAUGUGCAGUUUAGCAUCCAUUCAUCUAUUGCAUGCGCGUUUAUAGCAUUCCUGAAAUAAUUUGCACCUCUCUUCUAUUUUAUUUUGUUUCAUUUUUAUAUCAUGUGAAUAAUAAUAUACAAUUUACUGAUGAUAUCUUAACGUCAUAUAUACAUAUAAUCGGACGGUUUAUAUAUUUUAUUUUGACAUGAUCGAAAAUUUUAGAUUGUGAUAUAUUUUAACAGUCAUUUUCUCGUAUAUGAGCUUUUCACGAGAGAAACAUAUAUACGCGUUUAAGAUUAUAAACGAUUCAUUAACGUAAAGAUUAGCAAGAGCUCGUAAUUGUAAAAAAAAUUAUCGAUUUUUUUUUCACGGGUGUGUCUUUGAUAUUUGAAGGCACCUGGAUUACAAAUAAAAAGAUGUCUGUAUGUAAAUAGAUUUAAAGAGAACGACUUGUAUGCUAAGAGGCGAAAAAAUUAUUUUCCCGCGAAAAGAGAAAUAAUUUUUACAAGACAUUUUUGAAAAGGUAUCGAAAGAAUUUUUGAUAUAGAAUGAUGUGUAUGAGGACGUAAUUUGUGGAGAUCUAUUUUAUAAAGUCUUUUUGAGAGAAGGAAAAUGAUGUAAGAACGAAUGGUUCGGUUUAUACAUAUAUAUAUAUAUGCCGAAAGUAGCCAUUCUGAACUUAUACACAUACAUACGCGAUGCGAAGUAACGAGAAACGCCUUAGGGCCCCAGUUUAAUAGCAAAUUUACAAUUUGCACGAUGCUUACUAUGUAAGCGUAUUACGUAACGAUCCCGAUCUAUGCCUGUGCAGAUCUUAAGAUCCUCAUAAGAGAGGCGAUUACCUUCGGUAAGUCCGUCUUGAUAUUUUGCGGAUUAUAUAGAGAUAGAGAGAGCGAACACAAUCGAUGUGAAAUAAAACAAUUGCAACUACAUAAAGUAAUAGUGGAUUGAUAUUGCGCGUGUUUUAAAAAAUUUUUUAAAUAAUAUCGUGAUAGCAAAAAUAAUAUCGAACGUGUAUCUUUUUUUUUUAAGUAGAAUUAUAAACAUUUGCUAAAUAUCAAAUCACUGUUACUUUGCUAGCUAGAUAUUUUGCGAGUUCUUAUUAUUAUCGACAAAAGAAAGUCUAGCAUAUCGAUUUAUAUGAACGGUAUGUGGUCGCUAACAACUUUUCUUAUGUUACGUGAAUAUCUGUAUGGUAUGAAUAUUCGUUGAGCAAAGUUUUAUCACGAUUGUUUAAGAAAUCGAGGUAUUCACGAUAAUUAUUAUGCUUAGACUUGAUUUGAUAGAGAGUUGCAUUAACUAGAGAUAUUGUACUAUUCAGUAUCGAUAUCUCUUUGACGAGAAAUUCACAUAAUAUAUAUAAUAAACCGAGUGUGUUUUUCAUAUUCUCGAGAGAAAGAGAUGCAGUACAAACAUCGCAUCAAUGAUAUUGCAGAAGUUUUACAUACUUUAUUUUAAAGUAUAACGUGCUCUUUGAGAGACGUAUUAGAGAAAGAGAGUUAGGCAGGAUAAUAAGAACAGCCUUUGUACAUAUCUCCUGUCGUGUCGUAAUAAAUCGCAAAUAAUAGCGAUUAUCUCGAUUAACGAGCGUUAGAUGAAUCGUGAAAUAUGCGAGAGAAGUUAGAUUCGCGAGAAGAAGAAUGAGUUGAUCCAAAUAUUUGUUUUUGUUUUUAACAUCGACGCGUGUAAGGUAAAUUUACAGGAGAAAAUAAGGUUUUUUUUUAAUUGUAAUGAAAGUGGAGAUAGAGUCUUCUUUCGAUUAUAGUCUUCUAGCUUGACUAUCGUCUUCGCUGUAAUAGACGUUGAUUUUUAUCAAGACCGUAAUUUAAUACAAAUACAAUUUCGUUAGAACAUCGCGAAAUUGUAUUGAAUAAAGUUCUUCUUUCAUUCUUAAUCACAGUCGAAAGCCUAGUUAGACACUAGCAAUUUGCGAGAUAGUUCCUGUGGCCUAAUUUGUACGGGAAUAUAUCUUAGUUCCGCUAUUUCCUACGAAUCUUGAUUAAUAAUUCAACGGCGCGAGAGAGUAACUGAUUUUUAACGUGAGAGAUCGUCUGAUUAUUUUUUUCAGAUUUACAAGACAUAGUCCACGUAAAAAGUUACUCUUUUCUUUUAGCAAUAAAAUCAACUUGCAACGUGCAUACGAAGAACGAAUAGCUAUCGAGGGUAAGGAUUUAUUGAAUAAUUAUAAUUAUUCAAUAAUAAAGUACACAUACGUACUUAUGAGAGAUUUGUCGUAAGAAAGAAUGAUGAUUAGUUGCUCUUUGUUAGAAGAGAUUAAUGACUGCUUAAUGGCAUCGAAUUUUAUAAGAUAUAUUAAUAUAACAAUACAAUCGUCCCCCGUUAUCACAACGAAAUUGCUUGAAAAAAAAAAACAAACAGAGACUCUGACUUGACAAGAAUAUAAGACUCGAUAAUCAAGUGUAAGUUUGCACUUUAAAAACAUAACGAUUUAAUAUGAAGACUUACACAUAACAUUUAUACGAUUGUAGUAUUAUAAAGUAAUUGAAUAUCGCACAUUUUUUUUCUUUUUAUCUUUAUUAGUUAAUUUGAUCUUUUUUAUGCAAUGUGUGUUACUUAAAAUGCUAUUGCAGUGCCUUUCGUGCAAUCUAAUUGCUGCAAAUUUCUAAUGAAAAUUAAAUAGUAUUAGUAGAAAAUACUUCUUUUUAGAACAGGGCACAAGAAAAUAAUAAAUAUUCAAAGAUAAAAUUAAAGCGGUUUUGAUCGUAACAAUAACUGUUUAUAAUCUGUUAAUUUUCGUAUCGCGAACGCGACAUGAUUUUAUCUGUCUUAUGUACGCGAAAGAUAACAAUAUGUAUAAAGUACCUGAAAAAUCAAAACGUUACUUAUAUUAUUGUCUGUUCUAUGUUAUUUUAUAUGCACGCGGUUGAAGGAAUACUCGAUAAUAUUGUAACGAUCGUAUCACGCUUAUCAUUGAAUACGCAACAUCCAUUUAUAUUAUAUGGGUUAUAUUAGGUGUACUUUGCAUGUGCCUUUUUCAUUAUUAUCAAAGGGAGCCGUAUAUAGUUAUUGCGAUGCUCCAGAAAAAAAAUAAUUAAAGAUAAAAAAAUAUUCAGUUCGAUAAGUGCGAACAAUGUAUUAUGAUAUUCAGUAUCUUCGACGAUCAUCGUUUAACUUACAGAAAUCAUUGUGAUACUGCACGAAUUGAUAAUAUAUUUUCAAAAUAUUUUCGUGUUUUAUCUGAAUUUGUUUAGAAAUAAUUUUUCACACUAAUCAAGAGAAAUUAUUAGAAACCUUUUUAAUAAAUUAAUUAAAAUUAAUAAAUGAUAAAAUUUGAGCGGUGCGUAUCAUAAGUUUUUUCUAAGAAAUUAAACGACGGUCUUAAAAACCGCUAAAGUUGGCGAUAAUAUUAGUAAUAGUAUACUUAAUAAAAAUAGAUGUGUAUGUGUGUGUAGCAACGCUUCUAAUUGAGACACGAGUGAGACAUAAUUUUUAAUAAUCUUCUACUAGAAUUAAAAGAACAGGGUAUAAAGAAAACAUAAAGAGAGUUUAACAUAGUAUUUAGAUAUCGUGUUUAAAGCUCAAAUAGAAGCGAUGAAUACAAAUUUAUUAUAAGGAAAUAAUUAUUCAUGUUUCGCAAACUAUCUCAUAAUUAGUUUAUUAAUUUCUUCUUUCGAAGAUUUUAUUAAUUUGCUUUUAAUUUCGUGACCAAAAUUUCAUUGAUAAUUAACAAUUUUACUUUGUUAAAAAUUUCAUUAAAUAUUAAAAAUAUUUUUUAGCAACAAAAUUUUCUUGGUUUUAAAUAAUAUAUAUUCUCCUUAUUUCUUCCAUGAAGAUUUUUUAUUUAAUAUUUUUGACACUUUCAAAUAUUAUUCACGCAAAAGUAAAACGCGUAAAUGGCUUUGCAGGAUUACUUUGCAAUGAUCGGAAAUUAAACUCAUUUUAACUUCAGCAUAGACUUCUAUUCAUAUAUUCCUCAUUUAUAUAGAUCUCGAUAAAAUCAUCAUAUUGUUCUGCUCAGUUUACCGUGCAAUUACUCUUGCGGAGCACUCACCUACUUUCGGAUUUCUAUUACACUUCUGUUACAAUUUAUGAUAUCAACGAAUCACUGUACGAUUGUAAAGUAUUAUGCCAAGUAUCCUUAUUGAUAAUAUACUUCAAGAUUUCAAGUAUUAUACUACACACUUUAGACAUCUCGAAUAAAUUUUGGAUUUUUAUUCA